AUGUACAUCAGAGCUUUAUCUACUUAUCCACUUUUUUACUGCUUGUUAUAUCAACAAAUAAAUAAACAUUUUUUAAUAUUUUUCUGUGUUGUAGAUUUAUUACACGAAUCUUCUGAUGUUCCAUUGGCAUCCAGUUCUGGUACAACAUUGAUUCCUACACCACAAGAUGAAGUUUUAGCUUCUACUUCAAUACAAAAACCAACAUCAUGUAUAGAUAAAAUCACACAGCCAAAAGCACCCGUUUGGUUUCAACAAUUUGAAGGUUUAAAAAAUAAACAACUUGAUGCAAUUAAUAAAAAUGCAACACAACUUAAUGAUCGAUUUGACAAAUUAGAAAAAAGAGAAGAAGCCAUGUUGCUGAUACAGGAACAACUUGUAAGCAAGUUGAGUGAAGCCAACAAAAUAGAAUUACAAAAGUUGGAACUUUUUAAACAAAUGUUUAAUCUAGGUUAA